AUUUAACUCAUCAAACGAGAGAGUUUAAUAACUAAUCAAUAAUGGAUGCCUUUUAUGCUUCUCUCCUCUCUCUCUUUCUUGUUCUCGUCUCAUUCUCAUUUCAUUUGGUGUUCUACAAGUCUAAACCGGCUGUAGAAGGUAAACUUCCGCCUGGCCAAACAGGGUGGCCUGUGAUCGGAGAAAGUAUAGAGUUUCUUGCCACCGGGUGGAAGGGACACCCUGAAAAGUUCAUCUUCGACCGCAUGGUUAAGUUCUCAUCUCAUGUCUUCAGGACCUCUCUCAUGCUAGAGGAUGCUGCGGUGUUUUGUGGGUCUGCUGGUAACAAGUUUUUGUUCUCCAAUGAGAACAAACUUGUCCAAGCAUGGUGGCCUUCAAACGUCGACAAGAUCUUCCCUUCUUCCAACCAAAACUCCAAGGUAGAAGCCAUCAAGAUGAGAAAGAUGCUUCCAAAUUUCUUCAAGCCUGAAGCCCUACACCGAUAUGUUCCAAUUAUGGACACGAUGACACAGAAACACUUUGAAAACGGAUGGGAAGGCAAGGACCAGAUUGUGACAUAUGAGCUCACCAAGAACUUCACUUUCGGGCUUGCAUGCAAGAUCUUUGUUAGUAUUGACGAACCAGAACGAGUCAAGUAUUUAUCUARCCCAUUUGAGAGCAUUGCUCUAGGGCUUCUCUCGAUCCCCAUAGACCUCCCCGGAACACCGUUCAGGAGAGGAAUUAAUGCAGCCAAUUUCAUUAGAAAAGAACUCGUUGCAAUCAUAAAGCAAAGAAAGACAGAUCUGGCGGAAGGGAAAGCUUCAGCUACACAAGAUAUAUUGUCACACAUGCUUUACUUUAGAGAUGAAGAUGGCAAAUUCAUGGAAGAAUCUGAUAUCGCCGACAAGAUCCUCGGAUUGUUGAUUGGUGGCCAUGACACUGCAAGCUCUGCGUGUGCAUUCAUUGUGAAGUAUCUGGCUGAGUUGCCGGAGAUUUACGAGGGAGUCUAUAAAGAACAAAUGGAAAUUGCAAAAUCUAAAGCAUCAGGAGAGUUGUUGAAGUGGGAGGAUUUAUCAAAGAUGAAGUACUCUUGGAAUGUUGCAUGUGAAGUUCUUAGAUUAGCUCCACCUGUGCAAGGUGCUUUCAGAGAAGCCAUUACUGAUUUCAUGUAUAAUGGUUAUUCAAUUCCUAAAGGCUGGAAGUUGUAUUGGAGUGCAAACUCGACCCACAAAAACCCUGAAUUCUUUUCUGAACCUCAAAGGUUUGAUCCAUCAAGAUUUGAUGGCAAAGGACCAGCACCAUAUACAUUCGUACCAUUUGGAGGAGGACCUCGUAUGUGCCCUGGAAAAGAGUAUGCCCGCUUAGAAAUACUUGUGUUCAUGCAUCAUCUAGUUACAAAAUUUAAAUGGGAGAAAGUAAUUCCAGAUGAGCAAAUCAUCGUCAACCCGAUGCCUACUCCUGCCAAGGGACUUCCCAUUCGCCUCUAUCCUCGUAACAUUUAAAGUUGGUACUCUGGUUCCUAUCCAAAUUAUAUCAUUGUGUGUUUCAGUAAAAAAAAAGAAGUCGAUUUCAAAAGAUGCAAAUAGCUCAAAAACGAAAAAUAGGAUCAUUCUCAAAGUGUACAAUCGUAAAUUAAUCUUUCUGCUUUUAAUUUGUUGUAUCUCUGUCAUCAAUAAUGUAUAUUCUUUCAAUGUUCACUC